UCAUCCGCGAGCGACAUUCUUACAUGUAAACAUCAUAUGAAACAUGGAACACAGGGGAUUGGAUCUUGUGAAGGUCCAUGGUGGUGGAGGGUAUGACUCUGACUUCAGUGAUGAGGAAGGACAGGAAGGAUCGGGUCAUGGAAUCAAAAGGUCACGUGAGGAGGAGUUGCUCCUGCAGAAACCGUUUCAGAAGGCAAAGCACAGCAAGGUGGCCCACAGGACUGUGGCUACACAGGAAUGGGAUAGGGAGGAGGCCCAAAACAGGAGGCAUCACAUAAUCUCAAUGAACGCUUUUGACCGGCACAAGAAGUUUGUCAGUGACUAUAUCUUGUACUACGGUGGGAAGCAGGAGGACUUGAGGCGCUCCACGCACAAAGACAAGACCGACAUCGAUGUAGUACGGGAGAACCAUCGCUUCUUGUGGAGAGACGAAGAUGAGGAGGACAUGACAUGGGAGAAAGAACUGGCCAAGAAGUACUAUGAUAAGCUCUUCAAGGAGUACUGUAUUGCAGACCUAAGUAGAUACAAGGAAAACAAGUUUGGAUUCAGAUGGCGCACAGAAAAGGAAGUCGUCUCGGGAAAAGGUCAGUUCCUGUGUGGCAACAAGCGCUGUGAGUUGCAGGAAGGCCUUAAGAGCUGGGAGGUGAACUUCGCCUACGUCGAGCUGGGUGAGAAGAGGAAUGCUCUGGUCAAACUCCGUUUGUGCCCGGAGUGCUCCUUCAAGCUCAACUACCACCACAAGAGGAAGGAAGUGACGAAGAGGAAGAAGAGGCAACGCUCGGACGGAGAGGGUGACGCAGACGCAGACACACCACGGGUCAAGAGGUCAAAGGCGUCACACUCGAAGAAGCACAAGAAACACAAGAAGAAGCACAAGAGGAGACACAGAGAAUCAUCAUCAUCAUCAUCAGAUGACUCUGACUCCCAAGUUUCACAAAAAGAAACGGACAACAGGGAGGAGCAGGCAGAGGAGGGACCAUCGGAGUCGGACCACUGGAAGGGCCCCGCCCCAGAAACCGAACAGAAGUCCAGGGAGGAGGAGUUUGAUGACUACUUUGAAGAUAUGUUUCUAUAAAGCAAGAAUGGAUGUUUUGUAUCAUAUUUGUGUUUAUUUGAAUUCAUGACUGUAAUUAAAUUCCUGAUACUUUGA